AUGGUCCUCUCAUUCAUCCUGGUUCAAAAUCGCCAGGGGAAAACGCGCCUGGCGAAGUGGUACGCCCCAUACAGUGAUGAGGAGAAAGUAAAACUGAAAGGCGAGGUUCAUCGCCUUGUCGCCCCCCGAGAUCAGAAAUAUCAGUCGAAUUUUGUUGAGUUCCGGCGUAGUACGAAGGUCGUCUACCGCCGGUAUGCUGGAUUGUUCUUCUGUGUCUGUGUCGAUGCCAAUGACAAUGAACUUGCCUAUCUGGAGGCUAUCCAUUUCUUCGUCGAAGUGCUAGAUCAAUUCUUCGGGAAUGUUUGCGAGCUGGAUUUGGUGUUCAAUUUCUACAAGGUCUACGCUAUCCUGGACGAAGUCUUUCUCGCCGGCGAGAUCGAAGAAACAAGCAAACAGGUCGUGCUUACGCGACUGGAGCAUCUUGAUAAAUUGGAGUAG